AUGACCCCGGCGCGGAGAAACGGAGGAAGGUCCCGCGCAGGCGCAGCCGAGCCCUCUGGGCUGCCCGCGGCGCGCCUGACUGGCGCGGCUGCAGGCUCUGCUGAGACCCAGGGACCCGGAACAGAGAAACUGCCUUGUAACAGGUCCCGCCCCUCUCUCUACUCCCUUUCUUAUAUCAAGAGGGGAAAAACACGGAACUACCUCUACCCCAUCUGGUCACCAUACGCCUAUUACCUCUACUGUUACAAAUACCGGAUCACCCUCCGGGAGAGGAUGCUGCCUUGUUGUUACAAAAGCAUCACGUAUAAAGAACAGGAGGACCUGACACUGCGGCCCCAACGCUGCUGCCUCCCGUGCUGCGUCCCGUGCUGCCUCCAGUGCUCCGAGUCCCCAGGAGGCCUCCAGGUGGGCAGAAGCACUGAGCAGGAAAAAGACCACGGCCAGCUUAAAGAACUGUAUUCAGCUGGGAACCUGACAGUGCUAUCAACUGACCCCCUGCUUCACCAAGAUCCAGUUCAGUUAGACUUCCACUUCCGUCUCACCCCCCAUUCCUCUGCUCACUGGCACGGCCUUCUGUGUGACCACCGACUCUUCCUGGAUAUCCCACAUCAGACCUUGGAUCAAGGCAACCGAGAAGGUUUGACAGCAACACUGGAGUAUAUGGAAGAGAAUACCAAUGUGGACUCUGUGUUUGUGAACUUCCAAAAAGACCGGAAGGACAGAGGUGCCCUGCUGCGAGCUUUUAGCUACAUGGGCUUUGAGGUGGUCAGACCAGAUCAUCCUGCUCUCCCUCCCUGGGACAAUGUCAUCUUCAUGGUGUAUCCCCUUGAAAGGGACCUUGGCCAGCCUGGCCAGUAAGCCUCCCUGAACAUGUUUGUUCCAUCUCUGUGAGGGGCCAGAAACCUCAACACACGGGACUCUGGGGCCCAGGAUGUGACUUAAGACACUUCCAUCCUAGGAAAUAAAGAUAGUGCAAUCAAA